AUGAGUCAGUACGCGCCAAAUUCGUCGCAGCGCUCUAAGGAGCAGCAGGAUUACUUAUCGUGUCAACCGGCUGCAGCAACCGAUACCAUGUCUUUGAACCAGCGAAAUAGCAUUUUGGACCCACAUCUGUCAGUUUUGCAUCUCUUGGAACGCGCUGAACAGCAUGCACCAACCAGUCAGUCCGAAAUAGCUCCGUUCAAAAGACCCGAAUUUAUACGAUCUCCAUCGCCGCCCAAGACAUGUGCCUCAGAAGUCAUGAACCGCAGCAUCUCCGAUUCUUGGCAGUCCAUCAAACGAACGGAUUAUUCAAUUCUCAAUGUGUUGAACGAUCCUGCCACUCACCACCACCACCACCAGCAGCAGCAACAAAACCAACAUCAACACCAACAACAGCCUGUUGGCAUUCUUUCGUCGUCUGACACUUCAGAGGACGAGCCUGAUCAUUUUCUGUCACCAUCUCCGAACCAUUACAGCUUUAGCGGUAAUGUGAACACGAUUUUUUCAGAGCCACCGCAUGCCUUGGAGACCCCGGCGUUGGGUGCGUAUCGUGAUCCCAGCUUUCAGAUAGCCAGAACAGGCAAUCAAAGUUUUAGUGCCGAUGGCGCCGUCAACGACAACGACAACGAUAAUGAGACGGUGACAUUGAGUUUGAUGAAUUCGUCGCACUCUUUUGUCAUGCCAAAACUGUCUGUGGUAAAACCAUCUCAAAAGUUCUGCAUUUUGAUUGUAGGGAAGCCGGCCCAAAGAUUCUACCGCGAUAUUCCAAAGUCUUACCGCAAGCUGUUUGAUGUCUGUGACGCGGAAAGUCUCGAUUCCCGCCGAAUUAAUCAAUACAGUGCCGUUAUGAUAAUAUUCACUGAACCUAAACAUGAACCGCCGCUUUUAGAAAAAGUGGCAUCACAAAACAACAACAUCAUAGCCGUUUGUCAACGAGGUCAGCAACAGCAAAUAUCUGGACUUUUAGGACGCUUUUCGAGUUCACACGAGUUGCGCUUAAUUUACCAUUUAACGGUGAUUUCAGACCAUCAAGAUGUCCAUCGCCUGCUCCGGUAUUUGCACAGUUUGAGUUCGGAGGUGGAUUCGGGCUAUGAAACUGAGGCUGGCUCUCGCAAAAUUCGCAAGCGUCGCAAAUCCCAGAAAAAGAGACCUAACAAUGGCAGUCUCAAUCGGUGGGUGAUGUGGAGCAUAUCGCUGACUGUUGGUGUGGGAAUUGGUUACUGCCUUUCUUGUGUCUUGUCCUCCGCAGUAUCAAUUCGGAGCGGCGCUUUGGCCAUAGCGUCUGCCAAUGAUGGGACCGGGUUGGACGAGGUGCCUGUGUCGUCCCAAGAACAUACUCUUGACAACUACAUUCGUCAGCUGGUUCUGGCGUUCAAAAAGGCCGUGAAGCAGGUCAACUUGUCCUGCAAGCAGUACUUGAAUGGUCAAUCGCUGCUCGUCCUUUGGAUGCAACGGAUGGGCAAAGAGUGGAUGUCUGAAGACUCUGAUUCCACUUUGCCUGGUGUGGCAGCGUUGGACCUAGUACUAGUGUAG